AUGGGACAUUUCCCUGCCUUCGGGCCUGCAGACAGUCAGUCCUACGAUGUAGGCCAUGAAAAUCGGCUCAGGCCAGAUCAGCGAAUCAAUGAGUACUCAGAACAAGUGAGGCGAUUGACUUCUUUCACGAACUCUCGCGUUUGCAUUCGUACACGCACACGCACAUCCACACACCACCUGGCGAGUUCAAAUCUUCACGUUCACCUGCACCCGCAUACAGACAUUAUCGCGUAUGUACACGUACGCAGGCGCUCAUGUGUGUGCGACCCACUUUUCGUCUCAUUAGGCCCUACGCAUUUACUGGCUUCAGGUGGCCCAAUCGAUACGGGACUUCCUUGGGCCGCCGGGCCUGCUGGAUAA